AUAAAAAGAAAAGGACAGGUGCCUUAAAAGAGAAAACAAAAAAGAAAAAAAUAAAAAUAAAAAACCUCUCCUUUCUCUCAAUUUGAAAAUCCAAACGCCAAAUAUCCAUUUCAAUGAGAACUUGAGAUUGAAUAAAAAAGAAGUGCAUGCGGAUUAGUUUCUCCUUCCCAACGGAGGAAGAAAGAGAGAUUAUGCUUCAAUUUUAGGGUUCUUUCGCUGUGGACAUCUUUAAGCCUGGGUUUAAUCUUCUGUAACUUGUUUUGAGAGUAAAGCAUUAGGCGAGACAAAUAUGAAGUCUUGAGCUCUAUUGUGGACAAUGCUAUGUGUAAAUAUAUUGAAGAUAAAAAUGGCGGAAGAGAAAGACGAAUCAACCUCCAUUCCACUUAGCCGCCCCGAAAAUGUCUGCGAGGAUCCUGAGGAUCCUGCCAAGUCUCCUCCUUCCUCUUCUAAUUCCUCCACUCGCGAGGCUUGCUGUUUCAUACUCCAAAGUUGGGUGUCAAAGAAGUUCAUGACUGGAUGUGUUGUACUUUUCCCCAUUGCCGUGACAUUCUUCAUUACAUGGUGGCUUAUUCAGUUUGUUGAUGGUUUCUUUAGUCCAAUAUAUGAACGGCUUGGCAUUGACAUAUUUGGACUCGGAUUUGUGACAUCUUUGGUGUUUGUAUUCUUUGUUGGUGUUUUUGUUUCGUCGUGGAUAGGCUCUAAUGUUUUCUGGCUUGGAGAAUGGUUCAUAAAGCGAAUGCCGUUUGUUAAGCACUUAUAUUCAGCGUCCAAGCAAAUUAGUGCUGCGAUUGCUCCAGACCAGAAUACUACAGCAUUUAAAGAGGUUGCAAUAAUUCGUCAUCCUCGUGUUGGUGAAUAUGCAUUUGGUUUUAUCACUUCAACAGUCAUCCUUCAGAAGGAGAAUGAGGAUGAGGAGUUAUGCAGCGUUUUUGUCCCAACAAACCAUCUAUACAUUGGUGAUAUAUUCCUUGUGAACUCUAAGGAGAUCAUAAGACCAAAUCUGUCAAUCCGAGAAGGCAUAGAGAUAAUUGUUUCUGGAGGCAUGACAAUGCCACAAAUGAUUACUCCUCUGGAAAGGGUUGCUCGACAAAGUGAAAGAAUUCCUUUGAACAGGAUUGUAUAGUUAAAUGGCAUAUAACAAGUAACCCAGUGGUUUCUCUCAAACCCGACUGCUAAUAUGGUAAGUGAUUCGUGUCACAGGAGCCUCAAAUGGUUUGGUUGUAUAUAUAUAUAUAUAUAUAACAGCGAGCCUUAUCAUCGAACACGGCAUAUUAUUGUAUUAUCCGCUUCAUUCUUGGAAUUAUUUGUAUACCCACUUCAUGCAAGAAACGGCAACUGGCCUUUAAUAUCGAACAUGGCAUAUUAUUGUA